UGCCAGCGUAGAGCAGGGACAUCACAGGCUGCCUGCGCUGCACUUGCAGCGGCGCGUCGCCGGAGACGGAGCGCUUCUUCUCUCUGUGGCCAUUAAAGUUUAGCGAGACACGCCGAUGACCUGCGAGCAUCCUCCGUGGAAACUGUGCUUUUGACUAGCUUAACGAGCGUCAGUUUCCAUCUCUUCACACACAGAUCAUUUGUUGCUGUCAUGGCUCCGCUGUCCAACAGUCCGAAGGCUUCGUUCUAAACCCAGCGCGCACUGAAGGAUACCCACAGACUCCGAGCAUUACAGAUGGACUGGCUCACACCUGAGAUGUGAAGCGUGUUAUGUGAGCCAAGGUGUUUUCCCACCUCGCUGGUGGUGGGGAGAGAUGUUGCACUCCGUUGUCAUGACAGCAGAAGUUCUCUUUGUUCUGGGGUUCCUGAUGUGUGGCAUCCAGUGCAAUCCUAUAGCGGCGAGCCGAGAACGUCUGGAAAAAGUGUUGACCCAAGCUAGGCAGGACAAACCUCAGGACGAGCAGACCCCCGAGGAGCCGCUUGGAUACGACGCUCAGAAACAGAUCAAUGCUUUGGGCCCCAACAGGACUGCCCUCAGGACGAACCCCGGCUCCCAAGGAUCUAAGGGUGGGAAGCCCCUGGAGCUGUGGACAGAGCAGGACAGCCUGAACCAAAUAGACGAGGGCCCCACAAGCGACGUCACCCUCUCUUUGGACUCCAUCGACGAGUACGCCUACCCAGACUACCGGGGGAAAGGCUGCAUGGACGAGAGCGGCUUCGUGUUUGCCAUUGGUGAGCAGUUCACCCCAGGCCCUUCCACGUGCCCCUGCCUCUGCACGGACGAGGGCCCUAUGUGCACCAAGCCAGAAUGUCCCAAGGUUCACCCUCGCUGCAUUAAAGUGGACACUAGCCAAUGCUGCCCGCUGUGCAAGGAGAAAAAAAACUACUGUGAGUUUCGGGGCAAGAUCUACACCUCGCUGCAGGAAUUUAAGGUGUCUCCAUGUGAGAAGUGCCGAUGUGAGCCAAGUGGGGAGGUGCUGUGCUCGGUGGCAGCCUGCCCUCAGACGGAGUGUGUGGACCCGGAGUACGAGCCGGAACAGUGCUGUCCCAUCUGCAAGACUG